AUGGCGGAUUCGGAGGUGAGUCAUCGAUUCCACAUGGUCGAAAAUACCCGCAUUCAUUUUGUCACAGCUGGUAAUGUAAAAAACCAAGCCCUCAUUUUGAUUGCUGGCUUCCCUGAAAGCUGGUAUGCCUGGCGUAAAGUGAUUCCCUUCCUUUCCAAGUCCUACUGGGUUAUUGCACCGGACCUCCCUGGUCAGGGUGAUUCUGAUAAACCUGCCAUUGGUUACGACACCCAGACGCUUGCGGUCACGCUACACGGUCUGCUCGAGGGUCUUGGCUUAUCGCGCUACUUUAUGGCGGCUCAUGACGUAGGCGCUUGGGUGGCGUUUCCCUAUGCAAUUAUGUUCAAGGAAGAGGUCGAACGUAUUGCUUUACUUGAUGCAGGAAUACCAGGUGUUACAUUACCCAGCCAACUUCCAACCAACCCUGACCAUGCAUGGCGAACUUGGCAUUUUAUGUUUCAUGGUAUCCCAGAUUUACCAGAGUCGCUCCUUGAAGGCAAGGAACGCAUAUACUUGGAGUGGUUCCUUCUUCGCAAAGCUGCUAACCCACUAGUUUUCACCGUGGCUGACAUUGACAUGUAUGUAAAGAACUUCACAAGACCAGGAGCUCUUCGUGCUGGCCUCGCGUAUUAUAGAUCUAGCGCCAAAUCGGCUGAUCAAAACCAGACGCUUUUGAAGAGCGGGAGCCUUCAAGUUCCCAUCCUUGCUAUCUCGUCGGAUCAAGGUUCGAUUCCUGACAUGGCGGCACCUUUGAGAACUUUCGCAUCCCAUGUAGAAGGGGCGACCAUCAAAGAGUGUGGACAUUACAUACCAGAGGAGCAACCGGGGGCUCUGGCCCGUGAGUUAUCGAACUUUUUUGUUAUUGGGCGGUGUUAA